AAGUAGGGCUGUAUGCAGGGCUGUGUGUGAUGGAGGAGAGAGGAAAGGACUGCAGUUCUGUGUUGACUGCAGAAAUGGCACAGGGCUGCAGCAGCAGAAAGGCAAAUUGACAAAACUGCUGCUGAAGACCAGAAGUUUGUGGUUGGCAGUGCUCAAAUCUUCCUCCCAAGAGAUGCUCUUCAUGCCUUUCUUGUCUCCUUUCUGUCAGAAGCUGAUGCCAGUGGCCUUCCCCUGAAGCGUAGCCAUGUGGAAAGCCAGGAGUGUGGCACAGCACCCAAGAGAGCAGUGGCGAGCAGGUCGGAUGUGCCGGAGGACAUCAUGGACAUCCAGGGUUUGCUCUCUUGGAUCAAUGACGUGGCAAGAGCUGUUGAGGUCCCCCAUGAGAACCCCAGCAGCCCUGCCCCAGGAUGCUUCAUCACUGAGCUCCCUGACAACCUCCGGGACAGCAGAGAGCUCAGCACACAGGCUGCCUCUGGGACACCCACCGACCCCUUCUGGGGGCUUCCACCAUCCCCCGGGUUCUUGCCUGAGCUGCAGUGCGGGCUGUCGGAGCUGCGCCCCGUCGUGCCACCAGUGAGCGCCCGGCUCAGCCCACAGCCGACCAUCCUGGCUGUCAGCGCACCUCCCUCAGCGCAAAGCAUGCAGCCCACCGAGGAGGUGCAGCAAAGGGAGCCCCAGGUGGUUCAGGCAGAAAAGAAGAACAGGGGCAGCACCAAGCGGGGGGCCAAGCGCCCUGCGCCUGCUGGCACCCCCCAGAAUGGGGAGAGCUCCCAGCAGGAGCAGCCCACCAGCAACGCCCCAGCCAAGAAAAGGAAGCUGCUGCCGCAGAGAGAAAGAAGUGAGAAAAGGCCGCAAACACGCGUGCCAAGGGAGGCUGUCUGGGGCUGGUGCAGGAGUCAGCAGCAGCGGGCAAGCGGGCUCAGGCAGCGAGCUGCGCAUGCACCUGCAUGAAUCUAUCCAGGCUGUGCACCCGCUGGGGCAGAGGGUGACUGUGGUGGGCCCGGUGCGCCAGCCACCCUCUGUGCGGCCCCAACCCUCAGCCAGCGCUGGCCCUGCUGCCCUCCAGCCCCAAGACAGCAAAACAAACAAGGCAGCGCCGGCACCUCCAGGCAGCAUGGCACGAGAGGAGUGCACUGCCAAGAGGAUGGCACCGAGCUGCCCGAGCCCAUCCCUGCAGAGGAGCUCACCGCUGCGGAGGAACCCACCAUCACCACCACCACCACCACCAGCAGCGCUGCACCAACAGCAGCCUCAGCCGCGGCGCCCCAUGGACUUUGUGCCCUGCAUGGGGCCGCGGGCGGGUGGUGGUGCGGCACCCAUAGUGAUGGAGGAGUUGCUGCCCAUCACAGCCGAGCAGCGGCCCGAGCGGGAGCG